GCUGCCUGUGUGCUUUUGCCUCGGCCAAGCUCCUCCCUGUCGUACAAUUAAUUGGCUGCUGAGAUUCCUUGGGAAACAUGAUGAGAAAUGCGACCGGACUUCUAGAGCGUGUAUCUCCGAGGAAGGCGCAUAGCGUUGAAAGAUCAAGCACAAUAGAGAACUCACACCUUUGAUCGGAUCCUUCGAGCACGGCCAAUAUGACGAACUUCAAUGCCAUCUUCGAAGCUGUGUCGAAAGGGCCCUCUAUCUACGCCUUCGCGCUUGCUCUUCUGAGCUUGGCGAUCGUUUUGGUGUACAGAUUGUUCUUCAGCCCCUUGGCACAUAUACCGGGGCCAAAAUUGGCAGCAGUAACAGGUCUGGUAGAGACGUAUUAUGAUCUGGUGAAAGGCGGACAAUUUAUUUUCAAGCUACAGGAGUGGCACCAACAAUAUGGACCCAUCAUUCGAAUCACUCCAUGGGAAGUACAUAUUUUAGAUCCCGAGUUCUUCGACGAAAUGUACAGUGCAAAGUCGAAGAACAACAAAAUCGCUCAUUUGAAACAUCGACUGGGAAUCACUCUGGCAACUUCGGAACAGAUCGAACAUGCAGAGCAUCAUAGACGGCGCUCCGCAAUCGCACCAUUGUUCGCCACGGCACGCGUCCGAGAAUUCUCUGGAUAUCUGCAGUCGUCUAUGGACAAGCUAUGCUCAAGGUUACGACAGGAAUAUGCUGGUACUGGUAAAGUGCUUCGUUUGGACGACGUCUUCGCAGCAUGGACGACAGAUGCUGUCACAUGGUAUGCGAUGGCAAUGUCCUAUGGCUGUGCGGAACACCCAGACUUUAAAGCUGAAUUUACCAAUGCCUCCGAAGGAUUGAUGGAAGCGAUACAUGCCUUGACUCACGUUCCGUGGCUUGCAAGGGUACUGUCGAUGGUGCCUCCGAAAAUGCUAGCGAAGUUGAAUGCGCAGAUGGGAGCUUUGGGGGCGUUCUAUGCGGAAAUUGACAAGCAGAUUCGACUGAUCAUGGAAGGCGAGAACAAGGGUUACGAGGACGUCGCUCAUCGUACGGUGUUCCAUGAAAUCUUAUCCUCCAAGAUCCUUCGGCCAGAUGAGAAAACCCCCGAGGUUCUAUCAGAUGAAGCGCAGAGCAUAGUACUUGCUGGAAUAGAGACUACUAAAGCAAUCAUGGUGACAGCGUGUUUCUGGGUCCUGGAAAAACCCGAGGUCAAUGAACAGCUACGAAAGGAGCUCGAAGCAGCGAUACCGGAUCCCUCGAACAUGCCGAGCCUGUCGUCACUGCAAAACUUACCAUAUCUGAGCGCCGUUGUGCAAGAAGCGACUCGACUCAUGGGAGGAGUUGCGCAACGUCUUUUCCGCACCAAUCCACGCGCACCCCUACAAUACGGUGCAUACACCUUGCCUCCAGGAACCAUAUUCGGGAUGUCAAUCACUUUGCAACAGAUGCAUCCCGACAUCUUCCCUGGACCGCAUGAGUUCAGGCCUGAGAGAUGGCUGAACGGUGGCCUAGCACCUAACGGCCGGCCGCUGUCAAGAUACCUCGUUGCUUUUGGCAAAGGUCCUCGUAUGUGUCUCGGCAUGAACCUUGCUAAUGCAGAGCUGUACAUCGGCCUUGCAACGUUCUUUAGGAACAUCGACGCUACCUUGUUCGAGACAGAUAGAGAUGCUGUGGAUGUGGCUCACGAUUACUUUUUGCCCAGGCCGAAGCAUGGGACGAAGGGCGUGAGGGUCACUGUGAACCAACAACAUUAGUUUUCAAAGUCGAGAGGCUGCGACCGUCACCACCAGGACUAUGUUGGAUGCUGUGCUAAUGCCCAAAAUCGGACACUGCAACUGCAAAUAUUUACAAGCCGGGCUAGGAUGGGCCCGAUCGACCGAUGCUCAAUGCUAUGCGGAAGUCUCGACUCAUUCGUUGCAAGGGAGAGAAUCACGAUUCUCUCACAAACACAUGCAGGUGAAGGCCUUAAAGUGAGGAGGUGAAGUUGGAGCCGACCAAUACGCAUGCAGAUAGCUCAGCUGACACAGCCAUGGCUUGGACUAGCGUCGAUCGUGAUGCUGAAGGCGUGUCGAGGCUAGGCAUGCCAAAUCGAAAGAGCAGGCUGAGCACUGUCAACACAGCUGCGUUCUUUGACCUCUCCUUCAACCCAAAGCUCAUCGCGGGCUUCAGUGCUGUACAAUACAUUCGAAUGAAGACUGAGUGCUGGUCGUGUUCGCCCAAAAGCAUCG